GAAAGCAUCUAUCCAGAACGUUCUUUUUCCUUCUGGGGCAUUCUACACACCCAACAUUCUCUCCGCCUAUAAAACCCACGUCCCCCCGAUUCCCUCCGCCACGCGUCACACACAAUCUCUCAAAACCCUCCAUAAACCUACUCUCUCUCUCUCUCUCUCACUACAUUCGUGAUCCCCAAGUUUCCCUAACCAAUGGCCUCCUCCCUCGCCCUGAAGAAGCUCGUCUCCUCCAACCUCCUCCCCAUGUCCCUCCGCGCCGCCCGCCAAGCCGCCCCGGCUUCCCAGCGCGCCUCUCGUCUCUUCAACACCAACGCCGUCCGCGAAUUCGAGGAAGAGGACGACGACGAUCGCAGCCUCGCCGACCGCCGCCGCUACAACGUGUAUGGUCUCCGCCGCUCAGAUGCGUUUGAUCCGUUCGUUUCGACGAGGAGCCUCAACCAGAUCCUGAAUAUGGUGGGCAAGCUCACGGACUUGGGAUCAGGGCUCCGUCCUGAGUGGGAUGCGAAGGAGACCGAGGACGGACUCUGCCUCCGGAUGGACAUGCCCGGCUUGGGGAAGGAGAACGUGAAGAUCUCCGUGGAACAGAACGCUCUGGUCAUCAAGGGCGAGAGCGAGGAGGAGCCCGAGAGCCGGAGGUUCAGCAGCAGGAUUGAUCUUCCGGAGAAGCUUUACAAGACGGAUCAGAUCAAGGCAGAGAUGAAAAACGGCGUGCUGAAGGUUGUGCUGCCGAAGGUGAAGGAAGAGGAGAGGUCUGACGUGUUUCAUGUCAAGGUCGAGUGAAGAAGGGCAGUGAAUCUGGUGAUGCAGGGGAGUUAGAACAGUAUAUUUGGUUUUUUUUGGUCUCUGUUAUGUUUCCAAGAAAAUGGUGAAUUAACUUUUGAGUUGGCGUUUGUAUGCGAAAAUUGAUGUGGCUAUGAAGUUGUUUUUGGGUGUUAA